AGGUAACGUUGUAUAAAUUUCGCCUCGUUUCGCAUUUUCUCGGGGCUCGGCUGAGCAAUUCACGCCGGCAACGAGAACCUUUAACUCUUGGGGGGACCAACAACAAGCGACAACCACAACAAUCAAAGAACAUGACACCAUGCCUCAUAUUGCCCAGCAGUCCCUGCCAGCACGUUCGUGUCCUAGCCAUUAACCGGCCGGAGAAGCGGAAUGCGCUCUCCCAGGAACUCAUCGACUGCUUCCUCGAGGAACUCCGCGACGCAUCUCGAGAUGAAAGUGUCCUAAUCAUUGUCGUCACGGGCACGGACAAGGUGUUCUGCGCCGGCGCUGAUAUCCAAGAGAUCGCCACUCUGGACACCAAGUCCGCAACCCAGCGUCGAUAUCUAGAGGACUUGUGUAACGGGAUGACAGGCGUCAAGAAGCCGUUGCUCGCCGCCGUCGAGGGUGUUGCCCUCGGCGGCGGAUUCGAACUUGCGCUGAUGUGUGACCUUAUCUUCGCGUCCGCUUCCGCAAGGUUUGGCUUGCCCGAGGUCAAGAUUGGCUUGAUACCUGGGGCUGGAGGAACUCACCGCUUGACGAAUGUGGUGGGGAAAUACAGGGCCAUGAAAAUCAUCCUAUCUGGGCAACCAAUCUCCUCACAGGAGGCUCAGUCCAUGGGCGUGGUCGCGGAGCUUUUCCAGCCAGGAACAGUGCUUCAAAAUACAGUCAAGGUGGCCAGCGAGCUCGCCCAACAAAGCAACUCUGCGCUGUGCCUAGCGAAAGAGGCUAUCUGUCAAGCGGAUUCCCUUGGACGAGACGAGCAGUUUGAGCGGGGCCUUUACUACUCUGCGUUCAGCAGCAGGGACAAAGUGGAAGGAGUUUCAGCCUUUCUCGAAAAGAGGACACCACGCUGGUAA